AUGAAAAUACAAAUUUUAUUAAUUCUCCUCAUUGCAAUCGCUGAUUUAUCAUUCUCAAAUCCUUCGAAAUGUGCUCGUAUACCGGAUGGAACUGGAAGUAACAAGUCACCGCCAGAUGGACGAUUCAGAUUGCGUAUUAUUAACGACCCUAUUCGUUAUAUUCCUGGUGAAACAUAUAAAAUCAGCUUGGAAGGAGUUACACGUUUCUCAUCACCAUCACCCCAAAAAUUUGUCGGAUUUUUUCUCACAAUCGAAAGAAAUAAUGACGAAAAGACGCCAUUCUCACGUUAUGAAGAAGAUGAUCUUGGUGGAUUUACAAUUUUAUAUCCAGCACUAUCGAAAAUAUCUGAAAAGUGUCCGAAUGUUGUUGUCAACACAAAUUCCGUUCCAAAAAGUGACGUUCUUAUAGAAUGGACAGCACCGACAUCUGGAAAAGGCUGUAUAACAUUCAAAUCGACAAUCAUAGAACAUCGUGAUAUAUGGUUUAUGGAUGAUGGUGCAUUAAGUAAACAGUUGUGUGAGGAUGAAGCGGACUCAAUAGAUCCAGACUCUAUCGUUGCAGAGUGUACAGCAUGUGAUGAAGCAAAAUAUGAGUUGACAUUUGAAGGUCUAUGGUCUAGAAAUACACAUCCAAAAGACUUUCCUGAUGAUGGAUGGCGUACAAAGUUUAGUGAUGUUAUUGGUGCUUCUCAUGCAAUCGAUAAUCAUUUUUGGCGAUAUGGUAAUCACUCGUCACCUGGCAUGAAAGAAAUGGCUGAAUUUGGUGCUACUGGCAUGCUUGAAGAGGAAUUAAAGAAUAAGGGUGAAAGUAUUCGAACGAUAAUAAAAGCCCGAGGCAUUUCGUACCCGAAUGUAAAUGGAAAGACAUUCGCUGUGUUUCGUGUCGAUUCAGAACAUCAUUUAAUCUCGGUUGUAUCAAAAUUAUAUCCAUCGCCUGACUGGUUUGUUGGUGUGAGUGAUUUAGAGCUAUGUUUAUCAAAUGGACAGUGGGCGGAACAGAAAGAGGUGAAUUUAUAUCCAUAUGAUGCAGGCACAGAUUCUGGUGCAACGUAUACAGCACCAGAUCAACCCACAAGACCACAAGAGUCAAUUCGUCGCAUUAAACCAAAUAAUCCAAAUGAUCCACGUUCACCAUUUUAUGAUCCAGAAAAUUUGGAAAUGAAGCCAUUAGCAAAACUUUACAUAACGAGACAACGAUUAUAUGAGAAGAAUUGUGACAGAAAUGAGAAUGGAGAUGAUAAUGGGAAUUAUGGUAGAGGCAAUACAGGAGAUGAUGAUGAUGAUGAUAAUAUUGGCGAUAACAAUAACAAUUAUAAUAAUCGCAGAGAAGAUGAUCAAGAAGAAGAUAAAACUGAUUAUUGCAUUACUAAUCCAUGGGGACAGUGGAAGGAGUGUAACAACCCUUGCGGUGAGGGAAUUCAGGAAAGAAGACGUUACUACAAAGACCCACCAAAUGCCCAUAAAAAGGGAUGUAAUGAAGACUUGGUAGAAAAAAAGACGUGCACUGGAACCAGAGGAUGUACUAGUAAUACCAAAAAUGUAAUAACUGAUGAUAAUGAUGACAAGGAUAAAGACGAAGAAGAGAAUGGAAGUCAGGAGGAGGGUGGAGAUGAGGAUGGUGACGAAGAAGAAGUUGACAGAAAGGAUAAGGAAUGUCAAGUAACUGAUUGGAAAGAAGAGGAAUGUUCUUGUCAAAGUGGACAACCAAAGAAGCAAAUCAGCAGAAAAUUCAAAAAUUCAAGAAAUCAGAAACGAUGCAUGAUUAAAUAUCCAAAGCUUUUAUUGGAAAAGUUCGAUGACUGUCCAGCAACUGAUUGUAAUGAUGACGAAGAGGCAACACCCAAGCCAGUGGGCCUAAACUGUCCAUUAGAUGAUUGGACUCAAUACAGUCAGUGCUCAACAACAGUAGGAAUGGGAAUACAAAUUCGUGUCAGAAAACCAAAACAAAAUAUUCGCAAUUCGGACGAAAAUUUAAAGCGCAUUGUCAACAUGUAUGAAAAACUGCGAAGAAGCAAAUUCGUCCGUAGAAAUGAUGAUGAAGAUGACGAUGACAUAACAACAUUGAAUGUGACAACAGCAGCAGAUCCUUCACACGCUUGCUUCGGUGUUCAAUUUGUAGAGUCACGUGUUUGUGGAAAAAGAAAUAAAGCUUAUGAUGACGAUCCAAAAUAUUUCUGUAUGCAGACACCACUCAUUCAGAAAUGCAAAGCACCAGCGGAGAUUCGUUACUAUUAUAGUCAUCAACUAAGACGAUGUGCUACCUUCCUGUAUACUGGAUGCGAGAUUUCUAAGAAUAAUUUUGAGGCACUAGCAAACUGCACUGAAACAUGCAAUAAGCAAGAAAUUUACGGAGAUGAAGAACCAGACUCCAUACAAGUUGCCAAUCUCGUUCAAGAAAGAAUUGAUUGUGUGAUGACACCAUGGGAGCACACUCCUUGUAAUACAACAUGCGGCGAGGGAUACAGAUGGAAAUUCCGAAAAGUUGUGAAGCAUUCACAAAACGGCGGCAAAUCAUGUCCAAGAAAUGUCAGAAAACUCGAAAAAUGCAAAACUUCAGAUUGUGAAUUGGUGACUCGAGUUCAGCAUCAGUUCUUCCCACCAAUUCGAGUAAUCACAACGACUCGAAAUCCAACGCCAUACUGUGAAUACUCAGAUUGGUCAGCAUGGAGUCCAUGUAGUAAAUCUUGUGGACAAUCAGCGGUUCAAAUUCGAACGCGUGCUUUACUUAACAUUGAAAAUUCAGCUUUUUGUCAUGAUCGAUUGGAACAACGAAAGUGCAAUCUUAUGCCAUGUCUUUCACAAAAUUAUAACUAUCGUCCGCAUAGUUCUUAUAAUUCAUAUUAA